CGCAACGAUACCGUCAGCUGCAGUGCAAAACAGAAACUCUGUCGCUAAGCUUCCUCCCAACAACCAUCGGCCAUGGACGCGGAGUGCGUCACCCAGUGACGUCGACUGAGGGCGCAUGCAAAACAGUUGGUGUCCGGAGUUGUGUCUGAAAAUACUUGAAAUUCAAAACAAAGUUGUGGAAAAAGCUAAACGCGUACUACCUGGUCAGGGGGGACUUGACCCAGUGCAGCCGGAUUAACGAAUAAUGUGAAACUCCCGUAAGACUGUACGAGAGUGGGUGUACCACCGGAGCAUGGGUUCAUGCCUUGGCAACUGCGCCACUUCCGCCACAUCCGCCGCCAGCGCCUCCUUCGCAAGCACCCAACCUCGUUCAACCUCCGAAUCCUCCGCAGCGUCGUCCUCCACCACCUCAUCCACGUCGUGUGUGGGCACGAGCUGGUUCUGGCAACAUCGCAGAAACCAAGACCGAUUUGGCGAAGAAGGACAAGGAGUCGAGGCGGAGCUCAUAUCAAAUAUCAGUGGACGUCGUCGGGAGCGUCGCAGUUUUAUCUUUCGGAUACUGAGGUUCAAGCGCAGCCAACAGUGCCCCCAGUUCUUUGAUGAGUACUGGCAGCAGCCAUCCAACUAUGCCAAGCUGCAGAACGAAAGCAGCACGAUGCCGGAUAUUCAGCUUCAGAACCUGGACGCCUUCAAGUUGCUCAACGCUCAGAUUGCACCGAGGAGGGAGACGGAAAUCGGCCAGGGGAUCUACCAUCGCACCAACAGUUCCCGGGCUAGCUCAUCCCUCGAUCUCGAGUGGGAGCACGAGUACUCGCAGCUACGACAGUACCAGCACCACCAGGCCCAGACGGAGUCCCAGCCCACGCCGUCGAAGCCGUGCUAUGCUUCCCUGGAUCAGCUGACCACGACGACCACGGUCGCCACCAAUGGCCGGCACACAGGACGGCAUCUACGAAUGGGUCAGCGUUUGGGGGGUUCCUUCACGCACACCUCCUGCUGCUCAUCCACACAGAACUCGUGGUCGCACAUCUCGACUCCGGAGUCCUUAGAGUGGGACGUCGACGAGGAGCGCAGGCAGCAGGGCCAGCUGAGAACGGAGGACGACAAUCUGGACGAGGAGACUCUGAAGCUGCUGGAUCAAAUUGAGCAGCUGAAGCACCAUGUUCUGCUGGAGACGGGCGAGGCCCUGGGCUUGGAAGCCAGUGGCUGUUGAGGAACUGAUCAGUGGUCCAUAACUAUGAGUCUCCAAAGGAGGCUGCAGAUUAAAUUAAAGUCCAAAACUGUAAAUAGAAUUAUUCUCGGUGGAGAAAUCCUGACAGUCCGAUCCUAUUGUUCCAAUCAAUU